AUGGCUCCACGUCUCACCGCUGGCGUGCGCCCAAUUGACCCCUCAACGGACCUUAUCCAUGGCCAGGAAUACGUGGUGAACUGGCUCAACCGCGGCAAGAACAAGAGAGAAUUAUGGAUCGGGGUUCAUGUGCCUCACGACAUCGCUCCAAAACAAAUGACUAGCAAUCCCCCAAAAACUCAUACCGCAGUACACCAGACGACAAGCGUUUGCACAUGUUCUACAUACCAGGCAAAAACUGCUGGUAAGUUGAAACCCCAGAAUACCAGCGAAAAUCUUAUAUGGGAGGUCACCUUGGCGUACAACAUUAUAUGGGCGGGCUGGCCUCAAUUGUUGAUUUUUAUGCUGAUUACACGCUAUACUAGUGCAUGGAUCGAAAAAAAAUACAUUUUCCCUGUUCUGGAGGACCCGCCAAGUGACUGUGUUAUGCCUGGCGCCGAGGAUGGGAAGUUAUACCAGAGCCUCCAUGAGUUGGCCUCUCAGGGAAAGUCGUUGAAAUUUUGGAUUGCAAUGGCGAAAAAGGAGCGCGCAGAAAAGGGCCUUCAGAAUAGAGAGCCAUACUUGGUUAUGCCUUUGGCUGAAGAAAUUCAGAAUGUGGAGAUCCCCUCAGAUGAUGAUGAUGAUGAUGUCGAAACCCGGGAUGAAACACCAGUCGCAAAGCGGGUUAAAUUGACACCACCGGUAACACUAGAUGGCGCCGAAAUAGUCAACGUCUAUGUUGGCGAGGCUCAGGGCCGCAAGGUGUUCCAGCUCACCGGCGAUGCUAUCAGCAACUCAUCCUUCCUCCAGGAGAAUAUGAAUUUCCGAGGAAGUCCUCCAUUCGUCAUGCACCCGAUGCUCCUCGAAAUGGAUUCGGCGAGCUUUGAGCCAAUUGUAACUUUUCUCACCCAAGACUCUGUUGAUUCCGAUAUGGAGCUAGUGAGGGAACCGCAAGGUGAACACAUCCUAGGGGACGUUCUAGGCAUCGAGAAGACAUAUGUACUUCGCAAUUUCCAAGACGAGAAUCACCUCAAUGAAUUCAUCCAUAAUCUCGGCAAAACCUACGAGAUAGCCACUGUGUUCGGCCUCUACGCGAUGAAAAAGGCGAUUGUUAAAAAGCUGCAAGUGGCAUGGAAUAUGUACAGUGGCAAGCCCCAAAUUCUCUCAUUUCUCAAAACCAUUGACUUCGUUGCCGAAAAGGUGUAUGCCUCUGCGUACGAAACACCGGGAGACGCCAAAGACCCGUUGCUGCAGUGGGCUGUCGACUUUUUGGGAGGGCUUUUCAUGGUGUUGGUCACUACGCACACGAAACCAUUUACUAUCUUCUUAAAAAGCUACCCACGAAUCCAGGCAGCUAUCUUGAAAAGCCGUGCGGCAUUGUGCGUCGACGAUAUCGAGCCUUUCGGUGAACUGGAAGACGAAUUGAUGAGUCAAGAGUGCCUGGGAAAUACUCCGCAAUCGAAAGAGAGUGAUGAAGGGGUGUAGCACUCUAUGGAUCAGAAGCGCUCUCCAAAAGAGAAACCAGCGGGAGACGAAAUUGCGGAGGAUGAGUAACUGGAGGAGUACCAGUGUGGGAGGAGUUGAGGUGGAUUUUCUGGGGAUAUUCUUUUCAUACAUUACUGAG